GCUUUUUGCGAUACUUACCCAACUGUCAAAUGCUACUAUGGAAUGGAAGGUGCAGAAAAUCACCAUCAACCAGAUACUUCAUUCAAUACACAUUUCAAGAACGGAGCAACUCCUUUGGCUUUCUUCAAAAAUGGUCAACAGGUAACCGUCAUUGGACAUACUGUAACGGGCAUUAAAUUCAGUGACUAUAAGGCAGCAUUCGAAGCCGUGAAGUAAUGUUUCACAUGUGCUACAAAGUUUCAUUGGAAACAAAUAUUAUUAUUGAAAAAUCCAAUGUGGGAGCUGUUUGUUUGUUUGUGAUGCUAUAUUCAUUCUGGAAUCUCUCUUCCAUGAAUCCAGAGUAGAGUUGUCUUUUACCUCUUGUGUUUAAUCAUCAAUAAAAUUAUAAAUUAUUAUUCUAUAAAU